AUGAAUGAAACAACUUCACUUAAUAAAAAGUAUAAGAAAUAUUCAGAUGAUGAAGAACAACAACAAGUAGAAGAUGCUUAUGAUUAUGGUUAUGGUGAAUAUAAUGACGUAUACUCAUUUAGCCCCACUACAAGAUAUAUCAUUUAUGCCGUAACAGGUGUCAUUUCAUUAUUUGUCCUAUAUUUCUUCACCAUACUUUUACCUAAUUACUUCAUACCGGAGGCAACUACACUUUCAAAGAUUCAAAACAUUUCAGAAUUGAAAGUGUCUUUACUUCCCCAUUAUGAUAAAGCCACAGUUUCAAGAAUUAUCCUUAUUGGAGAUAUUCAUGGUCACUAUAUUGAAUUCAGAAAAUUAUUAAGUAAAUUGAAAUAUAACCCUAAAGAUGAUCAAGUUGUUGUUCUUGGAGAUUUCAUUACUAAAGGUCCUGAUUCUUUUAAAGUAUUGGAUUAUUUGAUUAAGAAUAAUAUUGAAUGUAUUUUGGGAAAUCAUGAAUAUUAUGUAUUACAAUACUAUGCUACAUUUCAUGGAUUAGAUCAACCUGAAUUUAUGUUUAAUAAUCCGAUAGAUUUAUCAUCAUCAUCAUUGACGACUCCUAUUUCAACUAAAGAUUCAUUUAAUGACGAUCCAGAAUUUCUACUUGCUAAAAAAUUACAACCACAUCAUAUUAAAUAUAUCAAUAAUUGUUCAAUAAUUAAGAAACUUGGAGAUGUUCCAAAUGGUAAAGGUGUUGCUGUACAUGCAGGUAUAGUUCCACAAUUAUCAUUAAAGAAUCAAAACCCAAUAGAUAAUUUAGAAAUGAGAGCUUUAAUUCCUCCUUUAUUUAAUGAAACUACAAGUGAUCCACAUGUUCCGGGUGCAAAACGUUGGAGUAAAAUUUAUAAUUCAAUGAAGGGGAAAUACCCCGCUGAUAAUAUUGUUUAUUACGGUCAUGAUGCUGGUAAAGGUUUGAAUUUGAAAUCUUUUACUAAAGGUUUGGAUUCUGGUUGUGAUAAAGGACAGAAAUUGAGUGCCAUGGUGAUUUCCAAAGAUGGUCGUAAAUUAAUAGAAGAAGUGAUUCAAGUUAAUUGUUAA